AUGGUCAUCGUCGCUUCAAAAAAAACAGCGUUUUUUAGGACUUCUGGGACUCAGCUGGAAGAGCUGGCUUCUUUUGAGCGUUGCAGGAUCUUUGCAGAGAACUGUGAAGAGAGCACCAGAAAAGAUAAUGGGAAAAAGCAGACAAUGACCUCUGCUUCCCUGUCCUUCUUGCUUCCCCUAGGCCAGAUCAGCAUGCCAGAUGUCAUGAUCUGGAUGCUGUGUGAUGACAAGCGGGUGGCCCACCGGGUCAGGUCUCAUACAAUCAUGUUCUCCAAAGCUGGCCCCCACGCCAGGGGCAGGAUGUGUGGCAAAACCCAGACCAUCUUCCUGCAGAGUGCACAAAACAAAGGGAAGAACGCUCCCAUUCCUGUUGUGUUGCGGGUGCGAAUGUGGCUUGGAGAGCUGGCUGAUAGUGCAGAGUUCUUGAAAUGUUGUGAAGGGAGAAUCCUUAUCUACGCUGAGACGAAGACCCACGGAAUAUGGGGGACCAGGGACAUGAUGCAGCACCCCGCCUUUUCAGAUGUCACUGGGCAGGUCAGCCUUCCCAAAGAAAAGUUCCAACUGCCUGUGGGAUGGCAGUGGGAUGGCGAGUGGGUGGUGGAACCCCAGAGAAGGCUCUUGCUGGACAAAGAGACAAACCACACCGAAGUGCUAGAGGAAGUGUAUGAGAACCAGAUCCGGCAACCUGGGCGUCGAUGGAGACCGGCCCCAGUCCCCUAUAGCAAUGCCAGUGGUGCUCCUGCCCCCUCCAAAGGAAGAGAUUUGUGCCCCCAAGGCUGGCUCUUUGUGGAAGACUGGAAAGUGGAGGAGAACCGGGCUGUGGACGAUGCUGGUUGGGAGUAUGGCGUUGCUCUCCCACCUGCUGAGUUCCCCUGUGCUUGGAAUGCAGCCGAGAAGACCUACCACACCCACCGCCGCCGGCGCUGGCUCAGGAAACGCUGCCGGAAACCUGGCCAGCAAGAACCAAGAAGGAAAAAAUGGCUGCCUUCCUUCGGCUGCUCACUUCAAGCCUCUCUUUCCAUCUAUUUCCUGCAGCACUCCGAGUUAAGGCUGAAAGAAGAGACUUGGGAAUAUGCUCCACUCCACGGCUGGAGGUUCCACCUGCAGCGGCAUCCCAGCGACAUCUUUCGCCGGCGAUGCUGGCACAGGAAGCUCAUCCCGAUAUCGCCCAGCCGUGUAGCCUUCAUUUUUCUCUUGGAGGGUUCACUGGGUGUGGAAAUUGAAAGCCAAUGGAAAAAUAAGAAAAUUGAGAUAGGAAAGAAAGAAGAAAAGAAAGAUGAGAAAGAGCCAGAAAAAGCUCCCUCUCAAACCCUCCUGAAGAAGAACACCCCACUUAUCUUCUGCAUGUUCAAGAAUCCUGUCUAUUUCCAGUUGCGCUGCUACAUCUACCAAGCAAGAGACCUAGUUGGAACUAGUGCUAAGAGUUCUGCAGAUCCUUUGGCCCACGUUUCCUUCCUUCACAUGAGCCAACAUACCCAGACCAUCUCUGGCACGCUGCACCCCUGCUGGGACCAGACCCUUAUCUUUGACAUCUUGAUCUAUGGAGACCCUCGAGCAACUGAGCAAGAACCACCUGUGGUGGCCUUGGAGGUCUUUGACUUUGACGCAAGUGGCCACUCUGAUUAUUUCAUGGGAAGGAGCUUGUGCAUCCCAAGUGUGCACCUGGAUCUCAGCUCACGAAGACUACCCCGUCUCCAAAAGUAUACAAUCAUUAAAGAACAGAUGGAUUCCGGUCAGCUCCUGGCUGCUUUUGAGCUUUUGUUGGACAAGAAGGAUGGAUCCUUAGGAAAGCUUCCACCACCUGCAUGGAAGGAUGGGACAUACAUAAUCCCUAAAGGAAUCCGGCCGAUCUUAAGGCUAAUGGCCAUUGAGAUCCUGGCUUGGGGCCUGCGGGACAUGGCGACCUACAAUCUGCUGGCCAUCAGCAAUCCGAGUCUCACCAUAGAGUGUGGAGGAGAAACUCUUCAGACACCAGUCAUCAGGAAUCUCCAAGAGUACCCCAAUUUUCCAAUCAAUAUCUAUCUCAUGAAAGUGUACCUGCCUGUGGAUGAAGAUUAUGCGCUUCCUAUUGAACUGAAGGUGAAAGACCACAGAGAGUUUGGAUUUAAGCCUGUGGUGGGCCAAGCGACUGUGAGAUCCAUGAGCCAGUACUACUGUGACCCCUGGGAAGAAAGGAAGGCCCAUAAUCUCCCUGUCAGAGCCAUUGCCAAGACAAAGAGAAAGAAGGGGCUGGGCAAAGCCUACAAGGCCUGGUUCUGGAAAAGGCCCUUUAGGAAAGAAGAGAAGGAGGUGGAGGAAGAGGAAGAGGAGGAGGUGGACUGGUGGAGCAAGUACUAUGUGACUCUGGGAGAUCUGUCAAAGAGUGGACAUUACCUGGAGAAGGGCUUUGAUAGUUUGAAGAUGUAUAACUGUGAACUGGAAGAAGUGCCUGAAUUCCAUGGCCUACAGGAUUUCUGCCAGACCUUUCAGCUGUACCGAGGGCUGCUGAAAGAUGACGACCCCAGAGUGGGGGGUCAAUUCAAGGGGCUUUUCCGGAUCUAUCCUUUACCAGAAGAUCCCAAUGUCCCACCCCCUCCACGCCAAUUCCAGGAGCUUCCCGACAAUGUCUGCGAGAUAUGUCUGGUCCGGGUUUACAUCAUCCGAGCCUUUAACCUAGAGCCAAAGGACAGCAAUGGUCUGUGUGACCCCUACGUCAAAAUCAAGGUAGGGAAGAAAAAGGUUGGAGAGAGGGAGGAGUAUGUUCCCAACACUCUGGAGCCCGUCUUUGGGAGGAUGUAUGAAAUUAUGUGCAACAUCCCAACAGAAAAGGAGUUGAAGAUCUCAUUCUUGGACUUUGACCUGUUUUCUGCUGAUGAUGUAAUUGGAGACACCACUAUUGACCUGGAGGACCGGAUCCUGUCCCGCUAUGGAGCCAACUGCGGCCUUCCGCAGUCUUACUGCGUAUGUGGCCCCACCCAGUGGCGAGACCAACUUCUUCCAAGCCAGCUCUUGGAAAAUUAUGCUCAUACCAAAAACAUACCUCAGCCGGAUAUAAGUGAAGAUGGCAGCAGAGCCACUUUCCGAAGCAAGAUUUAUCAGCUGUCUGACUUUGAGACUAAACUACCUUCACAUGGCUUCCUGGGGCCUCCAAAAGAGCGCAUGGCUCUCCAUCUCCUCCGCACCUGUGGGCUGGUGCCUGAACAUGUGGAGACUCGUGGCAUCUACAGCGCUACCAAUCCCGGGAUCCAGCAGGGGAAAGUGCAGAUGUGGGUGGACAUCUUCCCAGAAAACAUAGGUGAGCCAGGACCUCCUUUUGACAUCACCCCAAGGAAGCCCAAGAAGCACGAACUUCGCUGCAUCAUCUGGAACACCAAAGAUGUGGAUCUGGAAGACACCAACAUUUUUGGAGACAGGAUGAGUGACAUCUAUGUGCAAGGGUGGAUGGAUGGCCUGGAAGAGGACAAGCAGAAGACAGAUAUCCAUUACAGGUCCCUGACAGGAGAAGGCAACUUUAACUGGCGCUUUGUGUUUACCUUGGAGUACCUGCCCAUGGAACAGGUCUGCGUUCUCACCAAGAAGCAACAUUUCUGGAGCCUUGACGAGACCAUGCAGAAAGUGCCCCCCAAGCUCAUCAUCCAGAUCUGGGACAAUGACAAGUUCUCAGCUGAUGACUUUAUAGGAAUCCUGGAACUGAACCUGAACAGCAUGCCUCGACCCGCCAAGCGUCCCCGUGACUGCACCGUGAAGAUGCUGCUGGAGGACACAGGGGCCCCACCUCCACCUCUUUUUUCCAUCGCCGGCAAACAGAAACCCGUCUCCCUGUUCAGGCAGAGGGACAUGAGGGGAUGGUGGCCCUGCAUCAUCUUUGAGAAAGACAAGCUCGCGUUGUCGGGCAAGGUGGAGAUGACCUUGGAGCUGCUGACAGAAAAGGAGGCUGAAGAGCGGCCAGCUGGGAAAGGAAGAGAGGAGCCCAACAUGAACCCAGUUCUGAAGCCACCAGAGAGGCCGGAGACCUCUUUCCGUGGUUUCUGCCCGCUGAAGAGCAUCCACUUUGUGUUGUGGCAGAAGAGCAAAUGGAAGAUCUUCAUUUUUCUUUGCUGCGUGCUGGUGAUUCUGCUGUUCGCAGCCUUCAUCUACGCAGUCCUGUGAGGCUACCUGGCAAUGAAGAUAGUCAAUCCGAUGGGAGGGAGACGCUCCAUAAUAUACCAAAUGCUUCCAAAGAAGAAGGAAACUUUGAGAGGCCACCUGAAGAAGCUCCUGAACACUGCCUCCAGUUGCCGAGACACCACUCCAUCUCCCAGUCAGUUUCCCCACCUUCCCAAAACCUAA